CUUGUUCAUAUCAGGCCGCGUGGCGUCCAGCUCUUCGCAGGAACACGUUCCAAGAUUCCUCUUUGCUUAAAUCUUAAGUUUAUGAUUAUCCUUGCAAGUGUAUAAAAGGAAUAGGGUAUCGUAAUCUCUUCUCAUAAACCUGAAAAAUAAUCAGCCAGACAGGAAAAGUAGAGCGAUCAUCCGAGAAAUCAUGGCUUCUGAAAAUCCAAGAAAACCCAAUUCUCUUUACCCAGAAGUGAUCCAAACCAAUCCAGAAUCCGCUUCUCCACUCCUUUCAAAUCGUAAAAAUCCCUCUUCAUCUAUUUACCCUUCAAUUGAAAUAGAAAGCUUAGCAGAAAAUCUCUUCCCGGAACCGGAAGAACAAGAAACCCAUAACGAUGCCGUUUCACGAGGCGGUUCUUCUUCUUUUGAGUCUUCCGAGGAAGUGAUUGUCAGAAUCCCAGGUUGUAUUGUUCAUUUGAUAGAUAAAGAACAAAGCGUUGAGCUUGCAAAUGGGGAUUUUACAUUAAUUCAGUUGAAACAAGGGGAUAAUGUUGUGGCAGUUUUGGCUCGAAUUGGGGAGGAAAUUCAGUGGCCGUUGGCGAGGGAUGAGGCGGCGGUGAAGCUUGAUGAAUCGCAUUACUUUUUUACUCUGAGAGUCCCGAGUGAAAGUCAUGAAAUCAGUGAUAGUAUAUUAAAUUACGGGCUGACGAUUGCGGCUAAGGGUCAGGAAAGAGUGCUGAGGGAGUUGGAUGGGGUUCUGGAGAAGUACAGUGCAUUUAAGGUGGAGAAGGCAGCGGAAGGGGUGGAGCAAGGGUGGUGGGUGGCAGCGAAGGAUGUUUCUCCGGCGGAUAUGGAAGAGAAAACAAAGAAGGAUGACGUGGAGAAGAGCGCGGCUGCUUAUUGGACGACGUUAGCUCCAAAUGUUGAGGACUACAGUGGAAGUUUAGCGAGGAUGAUUGCGGCUGGGUCGGGACAUGUGGUGAAGGGGAUAUUGUGGUGUGGGGAUGUUACUGUAGAUAGACUCAGAUGGGGGAAUGAGUUCUUGAAGAAGAGAAUGGGAAAGGGAUCGACUUCGGAGAUUAGUCCUGAGGCAUUGAGAAGAAUGAAAAGGGUUAAGAAAUUGACAAAGAUGUCAGAGUCCGUGGCAACCGGAUUACUGUCUGGGGUCGUGAAAGUCUCUGGGUUCUUCACAAGUUCAGUUGCAAACUCUAAAGUAGGACAGAAAUUUUUCAGCCUUCUUCCUGGAGAAAUCAUUCUUGCUUCCUUGGAUGGAUUCAACAGGGUCUGUGAUGCUGUCGAAGUUUCUGGAAAGAAUGUUAUGUCGACUACUUCUGUUGUCACAACCGGGCUUGUUUCUCAGAGAUAUGGAGAACAAGCAGCAGAAGUGACGCACAAUGGGUUGGGUGCUGCAGGGCAUGCUAUUGGGACAGCUUGGGCUGUGUUUAAGAUAAGGAAGGCUCUGAACCCAAAAGGCGUCCUUAAGCCAACCACUCUUGCAAAGGCUGCUGCUGAGGCGAAUUCUGCCAAAUUAAAGGCUAAGCAAAAGAAGUGAAUUCAGAUUUAAGUCCCGGUAUCUUCAUAAUCAACUAGUAGCUUCAUAGACAAAGAUGGGGUUCUUAUCCUUGGUUUUCUUGUUUAUUUCUAAAACUUUGUAUACUUUAAUUUUAGUCCAUGUAUGAUAAGACAUUCAUGUUUUUAUGGGAUGGAUCAGAAAUAUCUUGUAUUGUGUUUUUGUUGAUGCUGAAACAGUUAUAUAUGUUUAUUUUUUGAUGGC